ACCCUGGACACUAAUCAAUAGACAGCUUGAGAGUGCUGAAACAGUGUUGCUUAGUAGCUGGGGAAUAUGUCUAGGAACAAAUGCUGGAGCUUCCAUUUCGUUUUCUGUCAGUUGUCUUCACCCAGUGUUAAAUGCAUAAAAUACUUUGGGAAUGGGGCCCAGGCCUCUUGAAUCCUUUGUUGUGUGGUGAGCAAGAAGGAUGUAAGGUGCUGUGAGAACAUAAAACCAGGUUUCUGGUUCCCUAUAAUCUUAACUAAUUAGGUGAUUAUACAGAAGGCAUUGAGUGGCCCCAACAGGGUGGUUUUGAAGGAUCAUGGCCUUUUUUUCAAGAUUCUGUGCUCAACACAGUAGGAUGCAUCAGAGCACAUCAGACAGAUAAGUGAUCUGGGGCUAUUACAUGCCACCAUGCUGAUUCCUGGGUCUCUGUCAGGCUGCAGCAGGAGUGAAGAACCACAGUGCCUCUGCUGUGGUAGCUCUGGGCAGGCUCAGCAGCAGAACAAAUAUUGUCCUGGUCCAAGAGGGAGGCAGCUUAGACACAUUCAGUGUUAAGACUCUGGGUUUUUGGUUCACAUCUUAUGAUAUCCAUUCCAAUCUUCUUUACAGGUGUGCCAUUGCAGCUCACUUCAGUUCUCUCUGGUCCUCACUAUACAGCAGAUUGUGCUGUUUGGCUGAAGUCUGAUCACUUUGCUUUCCCACACCUCUGUGACAUGGGGUUAAUGAUGUAUCUUUUCUCUUGCCAUUCACCUGUCACAUCUCUUUAAUUACCACUUUUCAUUGAGUAGAUGCACUCUUCUCCUCUGUGUACGGUGUUAAUUGUUAAUUGCAUCCAUUGGCUCCUUUUGACCCAUGAUAGUUUGUGCUGUGAAUUUUUAAUAGCAAUAAUAAGAACUAUUUCCCUAAUCCUUAGCAUAAGAAUGAACAGGAAUGUUCAGCAUUUUCAUCCCGGUUUCCAGGCCUAAAGUCUCUGUGUACAUUGCUUGCCUCUCCACUGACAGUGUUGCUCUAUGUAAGCAGAGGAGGUAGUCCUGUGCUCCCCUGGGGCCUCUCCAUGGCCCAGGAGCACCAUUUCAGCCCAGCCAUAAGCCCCUGCCCCGGUGACAUAGACAGGAUCCUGGUCUUCAGCUCUGCUCUGCUGGGUCCAACACAUGGGCUGAUGUCCUGGCUUGACCUUAGGCCUGCCUUAUUCUUACAAACUUGCCGGAUGACCUGGACUCGUGGCUGAAUGUGGUGGCCAUCUGCAGGCCUGCCCUGCACACCUUGCUCAUGGCCUGUAGGACAGAGACCUGGAUAGGGCAGAGACCCUGCUCUGUCAGUCAUGUUAGGAGCUGUCAGUCUUCAUUGCUUCCUGAGAAAGAGCUUUAUAUGAAAGUGAUGUGAAGCGUGGCUGCAAUGAGAAGGGAGAUGAAAUGUAAAAUCAAGAUUGACUCAAUGAAGAAUUCAAUGCAAAUAUUAACUUUGUUUCCCCCUUCUGCUAAUACACAUCUAGCUUUGAGCUACAAAUCCCCACACUCUUGGAUGAAAUAUUUUCAGUUAUUGAAGGAAUCCAAUUUGAGUGCUGUUCUUUCCCUUUGUGGUGCAAUAAGUUAAAUAAUUCACAUACUGCCUUACACAAGGAAGAAGCACAUUGCUGGCAUCCUGUGCUGAUUUUCUCUUCCCAUUUUUUCCUGUAGCCCAUAGUCAGGUCUGACCAGAAUCAGUCAAAUCCUUGGUUUAUAUGCAAGUGCCUCCAUUAGAAGUGAGAUUAAACUCCUUCAAACUCCUUAAUCAAAAUACCUCCUCUCAUACUCCCAGAAUAAGGUUACAAAGCUCUAGCACCUGUCCAGGUGAUGAUUUAUUCCUGUAGAUGGAAGGCAGGAAUUGCAACUCCCUUUUCAUUCUUGCAUACCUUCCACCAUUCUCAAGGAUCUGAAAAAAUACCAUCUCUAGUUUUUCAACAGCCAUUUUAUAUUUUCUUUAAAAUGGAUACUCUUGGCUAAUGUACUCAGAAUGGGAUAAUAAUGACAACUUGGCAUGCAUAGAAGCACUUUAUACAAUUCAAAAUGACAAGUUGUCAAAAAAUAUAAUGGACACCCAGGGGUGGUGUACCUGACCUGGGGAGAAGACCAUUCAGUGUCUUGAAGUUUAAACUGGGCAGCCCUGCUGUGAAAACACACUUGAAAGCCCCAUUGUCUGCUGGGUUGCUUCUGAGCCUUUGAAAGUGCAUGGGAGUAGACUAAGGAAAGGUGUUAAUUUAAACUAGAAUGCCUGAAUAGCAACACAAGUAGACAAACUUGCAGAUAAACCAUCACUUCUAAUGCAGCCAUUAUUUCUCUGUUGCACUGCUGUUCUUCUGUUCUUGCCCCCAGUGGAAUGUCUCAGCUCUGUUUACAGUGCCCAGCAAUGCCACUUGUGUGAUGGACCUGGAGGAGGUGGCUGAAGUUCUCAGCUACUGACUGCCUUCCUUAAUGUACCAGGUAAUUCCUUAAGGUUGUACAUGAUUCUUGUUUUUUUUAGUUCAUGUUGGGUAGCAGCACUAAUUUCCUUUUAGCCCUUUUCAUCUCUUUCUUGAUCAAAAACACACAUAAGACUACAUUGUCUCCUCUAGACACUGAUCCUUGAGGAUGCAUGCAUACUUGUACCAUGCAAUACUCAGUAGGGAUGACCUCAGAAAAUUAUGUGAAUCCCUUUAAAGGGAGUGCUAGGAAUGUGGAGAAUCUGAGAAAGUUUGGGCUUGCAAGAGGCUGCUUAAAUGUGAAUGAAGAUGCUGUCUAGCUUUAGGUGUAUAUAGAGAAAAAAUGUGUCUGCUUUGUCCUAAAACCAGCAUAAGAAAAAGAAGAAUUCCAAACACAACCCAAAGCUCUAGUUCCAGCUGCUCUAACGAGUAGCAUGAAAAAUCUCUCUUUCUUCUGUAUUUGCAAUUCAUUUAUAUUGUAAUGUUUAUACAACGUAAGAUAUGGGCUCUGGUGCCUGUAGGCAGCUAGGCUAUCUGUGGGAUUGUACUUGUGCUCCUGAUAUAGAGCAGUUCACUUUCUCAACUGGUAUUAGCCUGAGCUGUUGAUGACACACUUCAACACAGCCCAAAGCAAACCAAGCCUUGUGAAGAGUUUAUGUGACUGUAAAACAAUUCAUACUAAUGAGCUCUUUGAAUUCAGACUGAUCUCUUCAAUCUGGAGCUAGAAUAAGUUGGCUAGAAUAGAAUGGGGUAAAAAAAUGAAUUUUCAAAGGCCCACUGAAACAUUGAUGAGGCUAAGUCACAAUGUGAAACAAGUUUCUGUGAAGGGGCAGGAAAGGGAGCCUAAGGCAAUGACAUUUGUAAUGCAGCUUUCACAGUUGUUUCAAGUUAGAGGGAGAGAAUCCAGAUCUUAAUGUGCAAGUGGCAUUUACUGUCUCUUCUACAGCAAAAAUCCUUUCAAUAACAAAUACACAUUUAGACUGUCUUUGAUCUCUUGAAGCAAUAUGAUUAGUUAAAAGACAUAUUUUGGUUUUCAUUUUCUCCCCUCUUCUAUCCCUAAAGUUUAGAAGUGGAAUUCUGGUCAUCUUAUAUUUUUUCUCCCCUAGAUUAAUUUUAAAACAUUUACAGGACAAAACAUCGAAGCUUGUGGCUGCCUGUCAACUUUCCCAAAUCCUAAGUAUUUAUAGAUGUCUGUCUCUGGACUGUGUAUCUGAUUUAAGUCUCUAAUACAUUUUAGUGAAUUCUGAGCACAGCAGUCAUUGGAGUCAAUUUAAAAAAUAAACUUGUGGAUAAGUAUGGGAAAACCUUGUAGUGCUGCUUUUCUUUUCCAGUUACAUCAGUCUAAUAUCAGCUAUUCCCUUUCUUUUCAAGUCUUCUUAAAACAUCACAAUCCCUACAGCAGGACACAUAUCCCAAAGUGGUGCUCAGGGUAUCUGUGACAGUUUAGCAGCAGCCUCUGGGUUUCAGUCAGUGGUUUGUCUCACAAGUUAGGACAUGAAUGAUGCAGCUUAGCCUCUUGCAGAAGGAGAUUUCCAUUGGUCCAUAGCCUUUAAAAUGACAGUGGGGGCUCAGUCUAUCCUCUGAGGAGUAUCUGGACUCUGACAUGAUAAGGAGGAGGAAGCACCUUUACCCACCUGCACAAACUGCUCCUUCAGACCCAGGCUGCUGAGACAGAUCAUUAAUGACACAGUUUGAGUUGGUGGGUUGGAGAGCUAGGGAUGGGGGUGAAGUCAGAGUUCUGGUCAAGUUCCUGUACUAUGUGUGUGAAAUUGUCCAGCCCACCCAUGGAAUGACUAGUCCAGAUGAAAUUACUGUGCUGGUGCCUGCCACGUCGCAUGUCAUCAUGCCCAAGCCUGAGCUGUGGCUUUGCACUUUCAAAAUGCACACUAGGGCAAAGCAGUUAUGGAUCUCCUUUGGCAAUGUCUGGAGAAAAAAAAUAUGUCUGAUUUUGUUUGGCUGGCACUUAGCAAUGCCGGGCAUGGGCUCACUUCCUUUUCCUACAGAAAUUUCACUAGAAAUUCUCCUGCACACUGUUUAAAAGGUCUUUUACAGAGCUGAAGCUCUAUGGUCUUGUCCUUCCACUCCUGAAAAAGGGAGGUGAGCCCUUCUCUGGACGGGAUGGUUCCUGUGUGGCUGAAGACAGGGCUGAGGCAUGCUGGGCUGUGCUGAUGUAACAGGCUCCCUGCAAUUUUCAUUCAGAUCUGGUUGGCUGUGAGCUGGCAGAGAGCCUCAGCCUCAGAUACGCCUCCAACUCAGAUGAUGUCAUCCCUGCUUUUUUUUUUUCCUCCUGCUUCAGAAGUCUGUUGUGUAUGAACGCUUAAGGUAAUUUCCACACCACUGCAAAUCUCUGGGAGCAGGAAGUUCCUUGUCCCUCUCCCAGCUGCACUCUUUCCCAGCACCAUCACAGACUCUGCUCGCCCUUUAAAGAGAGAGGAGGAGCAAAAGGAAGAUGAAUUUACCGCAGUGCAUUUUAUAAUUGAUUCUCGCAUCCAGGUCAGAGUGUUUACUGACAAGACGUUGCAGAGCUUCACGGUCCUAACACGAGUGUAAAGUAGCUCCAGCAAGAAACUCCAGACCCUGCUGCUGCCAGAAGUGAAACUACUCGCCCUGCUCGGUCGCUUGGCCCCUUCCCCGCCCUCCCACCGUGUGCCAUGCAGCGAUGCAUCCAGCCAGCAGAGGACGGGGUAGGUUCCCUCGGCUGUCAGUCAGUAGGAGCUGCCCGAUUCGGGACGAGCUGAUCGGGAAAUAAGGACUGGCCCUGCGGAGAGCAGAGCACAGACAGCUAGGGUGUCCAGCCCUGCCCCGUACCCUGCCUGGACGCAUCGCCUGCUCGGCAUCUUCCUCCCUCCAGCCCCAGUCCGGUUAAUCCCGCCUCAUCUCCCGCGAAGAGCUGCCUUCUAACUUCGGCGCCGACGCCAGCUCAGCCUGCACGUCGUGGGCAACAUGGGGGUUGCGGCAUCCCCUCUCUGCCCCGGGGGCAGCCAGCCUCCUCCUCCUCUUCCUUCCACCUCUGAGCCCCGCGCUGGAAUCCCUUUGGCACAGCCUCUUCACCAUGUCCUGCCAGGGGCGGAGAACCCUCAACCGAGUGCCUAAGCGGGACCGGCCCCAGCACCGCGGACAGAUCCCGGCUCCCCGCGGACAAGCCCAGCACCACGGACAGAUCCCGGCUCCAGCACCGCGGACAGAUCGCAGAUCCGAGCAGAGCAAGCCCAGCACCACGGACAGAUCCCGGCUCCGGCAGACCGGCCCCAGCCCCGCGGACAGAUCCCGGGGUGCCCCCGGGCUCCGCCGGCUGCAGGGAGGGAGCUCGGCGCUCCUGCCUUGGUGCCCCGGGUUCCUGCGUACUGCUGGCAGCUCGCUGCGGUAGCGGCUCUCAGCUCUGCCGAGAAAUCUCCCCGCACGCACUGCCACCCACCUUGCUCACGGCGCCAGAAGAGGGCUUGUGUUUGGGCUCAGCAUCUGUCUUCUGUGGAUUGGGAUUUAAGAGCUUGGACCGUGCCUGGUUACAGUGGUGUAUGACUCUACAGACCCCGAGGUGCACUACAGAGUUAGGAAGAAACCUUGGAUUGGUCACGGUGUGGACUGCUAAAAAAACCCUAUACAACCAGCAAACUCAACUCAGGCCUUCCUGCCUCCCUGCAACCAACUUUACACACACACACACACACCCAACCGUGAGAAUUCCCUCCUUUCCUCCUCCCUCCAUGCUCCUUUCUUCAGCGACUGUAGGAUGAGGUAUUUUCUUCUAUCUGGCUCAGGGUAAAAGCUACCCUGAGGGCAUCAACACACAUCUGGCAGGGGCUGAAAGGUUUUAAUCCAGCCGCUACUUCAAUCAACAAUGGCCAAUGAACCAGUGAUUCUGAAUGUUUAUGACAUGUACUGGAUAAAUGAAUACACCUCCACCUUGGGGAUUGGUGUCUUCCACUCUGGCAUCGAGAUCUACGGCAGAGAGUUUGCCUAUGGAGGGCAUCCCUACCCUUUCAGUGGGAUUUUCGAGAUCACACCUGGCAGUGCUGUAGAACUUGGCGAGACCUUUAAAUUCAAAGAAUCCAUUGCCUUGGGCACUACAGACUUCACAGAGGAGGACGUGGAUAAGAUUAUGGAAGAGCUGGGCAAAGAGUACAAAGGAAACGCGUACCAUUUGAUGCACAAGAACUGCAAUCACUUUUCUUCUGCUCUGGCUGAGAUAUUAUGUGGGAAAGAGAUCCCCCGCUGGGUGAACCGCCUGGCCUACUUCAGCUCGUGCAUCCCCUUCCUCCAGAGCUGCCUCCCUAAGGAAUGGCUGACCCCAGCAGCCCUGCAGAGCCACAUCAGCCUUGGCCUCCACAAGGAGGAGCAAGGGGACACAACGGAUGAGGAGUCCCCCUCCACCUCUGCAGCCCCCUCAGCCUCAGGCACAUCAAGAACCUGCAGACAUACGCGGGUCUAAACCGCCCAGUCUGCCCCCAAAUAACAUCCCUGCUCUCUUGUUCGAUUUAUUUCUCACACCCUUUCGCACACAUUGGUUUGUCUCUUCAACAGACAACACAGGGAAGGACCCUUUCUGCUUCAGUCCCUUUUCUAAGGACUGCCACUACAGUUGCUUGGCAAAAUGACUGUGAACCCCAACACAGAAUUGAGGAUUGUGGCGACUAAACUGUAUUUUCCUCCAGGGGCCUCCAUGAUCCUUGAUCUACAGAGAACUGCUGACUCUCUGAGGCAUGAGAGCAUGUGUAUGGGCAGAGUGCACAUACUGUGAUGUUCCUUCUCUGGAACUGUUUUAUCUUUUUAUCACUCCCUCUACCCAUUUAAGCCCAGCAGUGUCUUCUCUGUUUUGGCUGGGCUUUCCCAUCCCCAAUGACAGAUCACCUGCCCACACCCAGUGAAGGAACCAGAGCCAGAAGUCAACCUUCUCAUCUCUUAGACCAGCAACAAACUCCACUCAGAUUCCGCCUCUUUUAUAAUUAUCAGGUUUCUAAUUCAUGUGAAGGACAAAUGAAAGGUGCUCCUGUUCUACAACCACCUGUUUUCAAUACUCAAAGUUAAAAGCUUGAAUGAUUGUCCUGCUCUUGAAAAUAAUAACAAAGAACCUAG